AGUAGCUACAAGCCCCGUUCGUUUGUGCAAGGAAGUGACGUCAUUGGUCCUCAGUCACUUCCGGUUAGCAAACGCAGACGUUCCAAAACAUUAGCAGGCGAAAGUUGAUUUAUUCCUGCGAUUAAAAAUGUCAAAAGUGAAACUAGGACCGUGUUGUUCGGUAGUUGGAUGCUCUUUAAGACCAGGAACUAACUUACUGUCGGAAAUUAAAGUUUUUCGAUUCCCGAAAACUAAAGCGCAGCGUGACGCGUGGAUCGCAGCCGUGAAGCGAGAAGGCUGGAUCCCGACCAGUAACUCCAGGAUCUGCAGCACACAUUUUAUCUCCGGAAAGCCAUCAGAUGACCCUCUUAGUCCAGACUACGUUCCAUCCAAGCUUCCACACAGACCCUCCCCCUCCAGAAAAACAGACAGAUAUCAGAGAAAUCUGAAACGAGCACCAGAGGUGCACAAGGCGCCCUCUAGAGUUCAGCCUGCGCCGGAAAUAAAGGAUACGAAUGCAACAGAAGUCACGUUUCGCAGAGACGCGUGUGUCGGAACAGAUCUCACCAUGAGGGAUAUCGAAGACAUGCAGAACCUGAACAGAUCUUCCCAAGAGCGAGUGAGAAGCCUAGAGUUCGAGGUUCGCUCACUCACACGCGAGAGGAAACUCCAGAAAUCUGACGUGGAUUUACAGGAUGAUCAGAUCAUUCGCUUCUACACCGGCCUACGCUCGUCCAAAGCGUUCUUCGCACUCCUGACGUUCCUCACCACCGCUUGGAGUCCGAGAACACCGAGUCCUUCAGCCACUCUCCAGUUUUAUUUGGUCUUAAUGAAAUUGAGACUCGGCCUUGCUCAUAAAGAUCUCGCAUUCAGGUUUCGUUGCAGCUCUACGACAAUCUCCGCGAUAUUCCAUGAAUGGUUGGACGUAAUGGCGCAGCGUUUCAGCCGUUUAAUUCACUGGCCUUCGAGGGGCGAAAUUAAACAGAAUCUUCCCGCCUUGUUCAGAAGCCCCUCUUUCAAAUCAGUCAGGUGUUUCAUAGAUUGCAGCGAGAUACCUAUUGUCCGAGCGACAUCGAAGAGCGCGAGAACAACAGCCUACUCCAACUACAAGUCCCACAACACCAUCAAAUUCCUGGUUGGCAUCAGUCCAACAGGGUCUAUCACGUUUCUUUCCAAGUCUUGGAGUGGAAGAGCCAGCAACAAAAUAAUCACCACAUCAUCUGGAUUAAUUGAGCUUUUGGAAGAAGGAGACAUCGUCAUGGCCCCCAGAGGGUUCAGUUUCCCUGAGUAUUUUGCAGCCAAAGGGGUCCAGCUACUCACCCCAGGACAGGAUGUGUUUGUGUCCCGUCACAUGUCGAGGAUGAAGAUUUACGUGGAAAGAGCCGUUGGCCGCAUUAAACAUUACCGCAUCUUACGGCAACCGCUUCCCGCGAACUCGGUUAAACGGAGACCCAAAGACACAGCGGCGACUGUCGAUAAAAUAUUACUCGUAUGUUCUGCGUUAUCUAAUUUGCACACGUCAUUAAUUCAGUAGGAAAAAUAUUUUCGUCUUGUGGUUAGAAAACGUUUGUUAUUGAUUAACUAGGGUCGGGCGGAAAAAUAAAAAUCACGUUCCACACUGGA